AUGCUGCACAUGACAGAGGCUUUGGAUAUCUUGAGGAAUCCCCAGCUCAUUCAUCUACGUGAUCAAGAAAAAAAUCCAGAAACCAUCUGCGUAAGAAACCCAGGGGCUCUGAAAGUUUCUCACCAAAAGUUUAGGCAUUUUCAAUACCUGUCAGUGACUGAGCCUCACCAAGCUGUGAGCCAAAUCCAGGAGCUCUGCUGGCAAUGGCUGCAGCCAGAGACCCACACCAAGGAGCAGAUGAUGGAGCAACUGGUGCUGGAGCAGUUUCUGAAUACUCUGCCAGAGGAGGUUCAGACAUGGGUGAGGUCAAAACAGCCCAAGAGCAACAAGGAAGCAGGAAACCUGGUGGCAAACUUGAUCCAAGCGUGUGAGGAGAGAGGUUUCCCUGCUCGGGACUCUGUCCUUGCAGAAAAGAGAAACACCGAAGAACACCAAAAGAAGGACACAACGAUGUUUGACAGUAUGCCAUCUGCUAGAUCUCAGUGUCCAUGUCAAGGAUCCCAAGUGAAGAUGCCCACAGGGACUACUGAGGAGCUGGUGACUUUCAAGGAUGUGGCUGUGGACUUCAGUCCAGAGGAAUUAACCUACCUUAGUGCUGCUCAGAGGAAACUCUACCGGGAAGUGAUGCUGGAAAAUUAUAGGAACCUGGUCUCCCUAGGGUACCAGUUCCCUAAACCCGACAUUAUCUCAGGGCUGGAAGCAGAGGAGUCACGUGCAGUGGAGGAAGACAGCAGUACAAUGAUAUGUCAAGAUGGGGAGAAAAAACCUGAAAUCAAAGAUCUAACUCCAGAGCAAAGCCUGCCUAUAGAAAAAUCAUCCUCAGGGGCAGGAAGACAGGAUUUGGAGGUAGGUAACUUCUGGUGUGUCUAUGUAGGAGAGUCUUCUACUGAUGAUCCACUGGGUUUGCACCAGGUCAACCAGGAGAAACUUUUGAGUCCGGUAAAAAUGAAUGACCCCAAGACCCUUGCUCAGGAAAGAAGCCAUGACAGUGAUCAAUUUGAGAGACGCUCAGAUCUUACUAAACAGUCAGAGGGUCUUCUAGGGAAGGAUCCCCAGGAACGCACUCCUGGAAUUUGCACCAGUCCCCAGCCGGUGGACAGCAGGCCUUUCGUCCAAGAGAACAAACACAACAGAAGUGAAUUUUGUGAAAGAAGCUUUAGUACCCGGUUGGCCCGUGAGAGACACGAGCAGAUCCAUACAGGGAAGAAACCUUUUGAAUGUAAACAGUGUGGAGAAGCCUUCUUCUUCAUGCCACACCUUACCAGACAUCAGAAGACUCAUUCAUGUGAGAAGUCCCCUGGAUGCAAUGAAGGUGGAAAGUCUUUCACUCAGUGUGCAAAUAUCAACGGCUGCGUAAGAAUUCAUAGUCAGGAGGACUACUAUGAAUGUUUCCAGUGUGGCAAAGCUUUUAUCCAGGAUGUGCAUCUUUUUCAACAUCUCAAGGCCCAUGAGGCGGCAAAAGCCCUUCCACCCGCGUUGCCCCGAAACAAGACACAUUUAAUUCGAUAUCAGCGGAAACAUGACUAUGUCGGAGAGAGAGCCUGUCAGUGUUGUGACUGUGGCAGAGUCUUCGUUCAUACUUCACAUCUCAUUCAGCACUACAGAAUUCAUGCUCAAGAGAGGCCUUACCAGUGUCAGCUGUGUGGGAAGUGUUUCAGCCGACCCUCCUACCUCACUCAACAUUAUCAACUCCAUUCUCAAGAGAAACCGGUUGAGCGCAGUUACUGUUGA